UGCAUGUAAACUUAAUGUUGAACUAAUUUUCCUGCUCUAGUGUUUGACACCAGUGAUAUCUGAGCAGUCUGAGCCUCAUCUAUUUUUGUUUCAGCUUCUGGGUGGGGUUGGACUGCUUACAUUGCUGAAUGAUCGGACACAAACGUCGGUGUUAGAUGGUUGCUUAGAGCAUGUAUUAUCCUUUUUAUAAAUUAUGCAGAUUUGUUAUCAGCUGCUUAUUCACAAAUUUUCAUUUUGAUUUGGUCCAGUAACUUUCCUCAUUGAGAUUAGCGGAGCCAGGCUGAAAGUAAUUGCCGAGGAUGCAAAGCACCAGGACAUGAGCAGAGAAUCAAGCAACAUGGAGAUCCACAGUGUGGUUUCAUCCAGAGAAGGUAGGGCAGCUCCCAGAUUUUCUGUCAACACCAACGAGUCCCUUCGCUUUGAGCCCUGUGAAGACAGCCCUCCAUCUUCCACUGGUGCAGAUGAUGGUGAUAAUGAUGACGUGUUCAAUGAGGGGGGAACUCAGGUAGGGACCUUAGCGCAGCCUUUAUUCCCUGGCAUACGAGUCAAACAUUUUUAUGCGCUUUAAAUCACUUUAAAGGCAUCUUGGUCUAAAUAGCAGCAAAUAUAUGGUACCAGCAUCCAAUAAAUUGUGCAAUCAACACAAUUAGGAAUCAAUUGCAAGGAAAGAUUGCUGAAAUGGAAAACUUCGCCAGUCAUCUGGAGGAAAUCUUUCUCACAGUGGAGGAGAAUUUUGGGCGCCGGGAGCAGCACUUAGAGCAGCACUACAAUGACGUGCUACAGGCGCUGUCUCAGAGAUGUGACGACAGGUCGGCUGGACUGGAGGAGGAGAAGAAAAGUAAACUGGAAAGUCUGUACAAUCAGCUGCUGGCUUGUGGUCAGGCACUGGACGCCUCCAAGGAGCUCAUCGAGGCAGCUCAGGAAAUCCACCGCUACCAGGACAAGAGGAUUUUCCUGAAGGCUGUUAUGCCAGCCAUUAGAAGAAUUGAGGACUUUGCAAAAGAGGAAACUGACUUCACAUUAUCCACACAUCUUGAGUUCACCACACCUCUUGCUGACCUGUCGGAUGUCAAAACUAUGAUGGACUCCAUCAAUGUCGUUCCAGCUCCAUCUGCCCCAGUGAUCAACCCACAGAUGCCCAACUCUGCCACACAGACCUCCCUUCGUGUUUGCUGGAGCCUGUUCUCUGAUGAUACAGUGGAGUAUUACGAGCUUUACUACAGACCUGUGCUAGAGGACACACUUGCAGACAGCACCAGUGCACCACAUGUAAGCAAGGUGAAAGUGAAGGAGACCCACUGUACUGUGAUAGACCUGCUGCCCAAUGCCCAAUAUGAGCUUUGGGUGACUGCUACCAACACCACAGGCAUAAGUCCGGCUAGUGAGAAAGCCCUAUACAUGACAGUGCCAUCGACUCCCGUCAUCAAGCUCAGGGAGUGUAGCAGCUGUCCAGAGGCUGCCCUGGUCCGCUGGGAGUCAGGAAACACCAACCCAGUAGACUCUUACACUGUGGAGCUCAGUGCGAUAGGAACGGAUAGCUCCACGAGUGGUGUUACUGAGUCAAUAGUAGCUGUGCCCACCUGUCAGUGUCUGAUCCAGCUGCAGGCAGGACAGCGUUACCUAAUCUCUGUUAAAGCUGUCAACAUUGGGGGGCAAAGCGACAGGAGUGAAGUCUUGACCAUCUCUACAACAGGUACGCUGUUCUACCUGAUGGAGGAAACGGCCCAUCCUUGUCUGUCCAUGUCUGAAGAUGGCUUCACCAUGUUUUAUGGAGAUGAAGAAUUGCCCAUUAGUGCUAUGGCCUUAGAUGAGAAUACUUUCACCAGAUGUGUAGCUGUCUUGGGGGACCUGAUUCCAGUGCGAGGAAGACAUUACUGGGAAGUGGAGGUGGAUGAUGGAACAGAAUAUAGAAUUGGCGUUGCUUAUGAGGACACUGAGAGAAACUCGUACCUUGGAGCCAACAAUACCUCCUGGUGCAUGAUGCACAUUCUUAGUCCAUCCAGGCACAAAUAUGAAUUUCUGCACAACGGGUGGAGUCUCGACUUGAGAAUAACAGUGAAUCCAGUUAGAAUAGGAGUGGCACUGGACUACGACAGGGGGACUCUGUCCUUCUUCAACGUGGAUCUGGCGCAACAUCUACACACUUUUAACUGUCAUUUCCAAAACUAUGUCUACCCCUGCUUCAGUCUAGACAACCCAGGAGCUCUUACGGUACACAAUGGCAUAGAGGCCCCCAGAUACAUAUUUAUCUGAGAAUAAGCACCAGAUUUUGUAGUCUGUAUCUGUCAACCUCAGCAAUAUAAAAAAUGUCUAGGAUUCCAA